AUGGGCUACAGCUGGGAAGCGAUCGAGCCGUGCUACGCGUGGCUCGCACCAUUCGUGCGCGUGGUGCGGUCGGAAGGCGCCGUGUGCGUGGUGCGCGGCGGCGACGGCGAGUUCGUGCAGCGCGGCGCCGGCCUGCAGCUCAUCUGCCCCGACCUCAACAUGGACGAGAGCCACCGCAUCCAGUCGCACAACGUCUCGCUCGACAUGUUCGACAAAGUAUCCCAACAACUACUAGACCAAGCCACGUCACAAACGGACCCCGGAGCGUCGACGUCUCACGAUACGGAGCACAUCUACCCACCCACGCCGCCGCAGUCCGACCAGAAGAGCCCCACGACCCCCACCACCAAAACACCCUCCACCAGGCACCAGGCGGAGUUCAUAACGCACCAGGAAGAGUUCACCAGGCACCAGGAUGAAUCCACCAGGCACCAGGACUUGCAAUACACAGAUGUUGAGUGAGCAGGUACAAUGCAGUUCGAUAUAGUAGGCACAUUCCUGCAGG